CCCGCCAUUUUGAAACGUUGUUGAUUUUCUAGGGAAAAGAAGAGUAACACCAACCUCACGCCUAGUCCCGCCCCCUCCUUCGUCUCUGCCAGUCGCUGAGGGUUUUUUUAAUUGUUGUUGUUGUCGCCAUCGCUGCUGCCGCCCCCGUCGUUGCCGUUACCGUUUUCUUAGAAGUGCCCACGAGAUCCGUUUCGCGACGAGCACCCCUCUGCCUGCUCCAUACCAACACAAGCAUCAUUCUCCAAAUCAGCCUCCCUGGGGUCUACAGUUCCACCCGCCACACCCUCCUUUCCCGGGAAAAACUGGAUUGAGGUUGCCCCCUGGUGUUCUGAGAUGGAAUAUAUUGUGCAGGAAACAGCAAGAUCGGUUGAGGAAGUUUUCUAUUAAGCAGCCGGAAACGAACUGACGAAGAGGACAGAGCAAGGGGGCGGUGUCGGGGAGGAUCCAAAAAAGAAGAAGAAGAGAAACGUUUACACGCACUGAAGUGGACGCGGUUUUUCAAGAAGAAUCAAUCAUGUCAUCUGUAACUGAAAAAGAUGAUUCACUGUCUGCUGAACAAACAGAAGAAAGAGAAACUGAAAACAAAGUUGAAGAUAGUGAGGAAGAGGAAGAGGAGGAGGAAAAAGAAAAGAGUCUCAUUGUUGAAGGAAAGAGAGAGAAGAAAAAAGUAGAAAGGCUUACCAUGCAAGUCUCAUCAUUACAGAAGGAACCUUUUACAAUUACACCAGGAAAGGGACAAAAGCUUUGUGAAAUUGAAAGGAUACAGUACUUCUUAAGCAAGAAGAAAACAGAUGAACUUCGAAAUCUACACAAGCUUCUUUAUAACAGGCCAGGCACAGUUGCUUCAUUAAAGAAGAAUGUGGGCCAGUUUAGUGGCUUCCCAUUUGAAAAAGGAAGUGACCAAUAUAAGAAAAAGGAAGAAAUGUUGAAAAAAUACAGAAAUGCAAUGCUGAAAAGUAUAUGUGAAGUUCUUGAUUUGGAAAGAUCAGGAGUUAAUAGUGAACUGGUAGCCAGAAUCUUAAAUUUCUUAAUGCAUCCAAAACCUUCUGGCAAGCCACUGCCAAAAUCCAAGAAAACGCCCAACAAAAGUGGUAAAAAGGAGCGCAGUAGCUCUGGAACAGCACGGAAAGCCAAACGCACUAAAUGUCCUGAGAUCCUGUCAGAUGAGUCUAGCAGUGAGGAAGAUGAAAAGAAAGAGAAAGAAGAAUCAUCUGAAGAAGAUAAAGAAAGUGAAGAGGAGCGACCUAAAAAAUCAUCAAAAAAAGAAAAACCCAAGCAAAAGACAUCUUCAAAAAGUAAAAAGGGUACAAAAAAUGCCAAUGUCAAGAAAGCAGAUAGCAGCACAACCAAGAAGAGUCAGAACAAUUCCAAAAAAGAAAGUGAGUCUGAGGAUAGUUCAGAUGACGAACCUUUAAUUAAAAAAUUGAAAAAGCCACCUACAGAUGAAGAGCUGAAAGAAACUGUGAAGAAGCUAUUAGCUAAUGCAAACCUAGAGGAAGUUACCAUGAAACAAAUUUGUAAAGAGGUAUAUGAAAGCUAUCCCAGUUAUGACUUAUCCGACAGAAAAGACUUCAUCAAAAAGACAGUGAAAGAGCUCAUUUCAUGAUCUAUUGGGAAGAAAACGAAUGCUGCAGACUUGUUCGCGCGGAUUUAUAUAUUUUACAAACACCAGCAAAACAUUUUUUAUUUUUUUUUUAUUUUUUUUUUGCCCUUUUGGUAUAACAUAGUAUUUAGUCAGGGUUGAUUCUACUGGCUUACUGUUCUGAGUGUUAAUGGAAAUUAUUUUAACUUUUAAAAAUUGUGUUUAAUGCAGUACUUAGGUUUUUGCAUGGCAAUAAAUGUUCCCUGCUUUUACUUUGUACAUCAUGGAAUUUCUUUGUAUAAGCAGAUCUAUUAUAGCUCUUGUAGAUUUUAGCGUAUUGUAAUGUAGAGAAUUUUUAAAAAUCAGUUAAUAUGAAAACUGUUGUUUCUGUACAUACACAUGCUGAGACUGUCAAAUAUUGCAGUAUUGGGCAUUACAUUUAUUUUGAAUACACAUACCUAUUCUCUCAAUCAGGAAUAAGUCACAUGUUCUGAUUACAAAUGCUCUAAAUUAUAUUACACUGUCUUGCAUGUGUAUACAUCUGAGAAUUGUCAAAAGCAUAAUAACUUGCCAAUACGUUAUUUUUGUACUUUUAAAAAUGUUUGUAUAUAAGCUUAAUACUUUUGCUUAAAACCAAGUUGUUUAAAAAAAAUCAGUGUGUUUUAGAAGAUUUAUGACCAGUGACAGUGUUUGAGGCUGAGAUUAAUUAGGAAGCAAAUAUAACAAGCAUACAAAAGAUGACAUUUGUUGCCUUGUAAGGGAAAUCUAAUUGCACUCAUAUUUUUCAGUGUUUAACUUGCUAGAGUGGGACGCUGAUUUUGUUCUAAAGGCUUGACAUGAUACCCAACCACUUUCCCCAAAUCACACCCACCUGCCCAUACGUGUUGUCAAGUGGGAGACGGGGGGGGGGGAACCAAGUACAGCUUUGAGUCUUAUAGUAAAUAUAAGAAUCUUCUCUGAGGUGGGCAAAGAUUUGAGAAAAGUUCGUAUGCAGUGUGUGGUGUUCUGCUGUUCUAGAAUCUCUAAAAAUAUCAAGCUAUCUGGUAUCAGCUGGACAGGUUUCCAGUGUCUCUCUCCAAACUUAGAUUAUAUUGACAAAUGGAGAAUAGGUGUUAUUAAAUAUUAUUAAUAAAUAUUAAUAGACACCUGCUGCUUUGAUUCAGUGUAAUCUUCUAAAUUGUGAAGUUUUAUUUAAAUAUAGGAUUAAUUACCUUCCCAAAACCUUUUUGUUCAUAGAUGUACAUGCAUGAUCAUGAAUUAAAGCUCCCAAUAAAUGCCAAAACAAGUAUGUGUCAUAAUGUGAAGUGUAACUAAUCCCUCCAUGACUGUAUUGAUUACAAGUUCUGCAGAUUUUACAUAAUGUAGUAAUGUGUAGUUGAGGAAUCAAAGGUCACAGAUCUAUAUUCUGAAAAUAUUCAGUUAGUAAGCUUGAUCAGUCGCUACCAUUUUUACCACUUUCUUUGCAUGUAAUCCUUUAUAUUAAGGCUGACUGUAACUAAGUUUUGUAUUCAAUAAAUGUCUUUAAAAAUG